UCCGUGCAGCUGUCAUCGGAAGAAAGAGGCCGCUUUGGGCGUGCGGGACCAAGUACUGAAUCCUUGUCGCCAGCCAUGCCCACGCAGCAUGUCCCUUCCACCCUCGAUCUUCCGGAUCGCCGCGUCGAGUCCCGCGAUGCGCGCGGUACGCCCCUUGCCUUCGACCUAGCAACGAAUGGCGAAGAUUUUAUGCUCGGCGAAGAGUCGUUGCGGGAAUGCGAGAACUCAGGGGCGGAGGAAUCGCGAGUAGGAGCGCCGCGUCAGCCUGCGCCUGCCACGUCCCCGCGCUGCGUCAAUGCGGCGGCUGGCCGACCGACUGAAGCCACUCUCCCCCAACUGGCGGGCGUCCAGCCGCUGGACGCGGAGGAGUUCCGCGCGCACGCGCACCGCAUGGUGGACUAUAUCGCGGACUACUACCGCGAUAUCGAGUCACACCCCGUUAGAAGCACCGUCGAGCCCGGGUAUCUGCAGCACCACGUGCCCGAGAACGCGCCAGAGGAAGGCGAACCACUGGAAAACAUCCUCGCAGACGUGACGGGCGCCAUUCUGCCAGGCAUCACGCACUGGCAGAGCCCGUCGUUCUUCGCCUUCUUCCCCGCCAACAGCAGCACGCCCGCGCUGCUGGCGGACAUGCUGUGCUCCGCGCUCAAUGUGGUGGCCUUCAACUGGCUCGCCUCGCCUGCCGCCACCGAGCUCGAAACGCGCGUGCUGGACUGGCUCGCACGCCUCCUGCACCUGCCCAAUGGCUUCCUUGCCUCUCACUCCGGUGGGGCCGGGGGAGGCGUCAUCCAGGGCAGUGCGAGUGAGGCGGUGCUGGUGGCGGUGCUGGCGGCCAGGGAGAAGGCCCUGAGAGCCUUGCGAGCCCAGGAGCAGGAGCAGGCGCAUGCCGGGGGAGAAGCAGUGGGGGCGGCGGCAGGAAGAGGUGGUGAGGGAGGGGGGGGUGAGGGGGGUGCGGCGAGGAGCGGAGGCGGGUUAGAGCGUCUGGUAGCAUAUGUGUCGGACCAGACGCAUGCGUGCGUGAAGAAGGCAUGCCAGAUGGCGGGCAUUCCCAGCAGCAACCUGCGCGUGCUGCCCACCAGUGCGGCCAGCAGCUACGCGCUGCUGCCGUGCACGCUGCAACGGGCCAUAGACGCCGACACGCACGCAGGGCUCGUGCCCUUCUUCCUCACCUGCACUGUGGGUACCACCUCUUCUACCGCAGUGGAUCCUAUUGAACCGCUCGCUGCCAUUGCCCAGUCGCACGGCAUGUGGGUGCAUGUGGACGCAGCGUAUGCAGGGGCGGCGUGCGUGUGCGAGGAGCACCGGCACCACCUGGAGGGCGUGCAGCGCGUGCAGUCGCUGGCGCUCAACGCGCACAAGUGGCUCCUCACCAAUUUCGACUGCUGCUGCCUCUGGACGCAGGACAGUAAGGCGGUGCAGAACGCACUUUCAACGACGCCUGAGUACCUGCGCAAUAAGGCGUCGGACAGCCGGCAGGUGGUGGACUACAAGGACUGGCAGGUGCCCCUCGGCCGACGAUUCCGCGCGCUGAAGCUGUGGUUUGUGCUGCGCAUGUUUGGCGCAGCGUCCCUGCGCGAGUACAUCCGCCACCACGUGUCCCUCGCAUGCUGGCUGGAAGCCGCUGUCAUUGCUGAUGCCCGCUUCGAGCUGCUGGCGCCGCGCACCUUUGCCCUCGUGUGCUUCCGCCUGAAGCCGCUAGGGCAGGCAGGGAGUAACAAGGAGGGGCGUGCAGGCGGGGGACAGGGUGACGAGGGGAGGGGCAGUGGCGGCGAGGGGUGGGCACUGAACGAGGCACUGCUGGAGGCCGUUAACUCCUCUGGACAAGCCUUCCUCACCCACACUGUGCUCUCCGGAACAUUCACCCUUCGAAUGGUAAUCGGUGCUUCCAAGACGGAGAGGAGGCACGUGGAGGCUGCAUGGAAGCUCAUUCAAGCAGAAGCAUCACGGUUGAUUGAGACGACAGUCUGAUACGAAGAGCGUUUCUCCCUACCUCUCGGGAGCAGACCGAUCUGUAGAAUUGGAUUCCUAAGAGAAAUGCUUACCCCAACGUACUUUCGUGGCUUGAAGAUAAUCUUCGAAUUUUCAUUGCUAGUACCAACCAUGGGGGCAAUCCAUUCUUUGAUUGAUUUCCUUAAGGCAAUUCGCCACUCCGCACGCUCACUCGCUACUACCACAUCCCUCCGCACCCUCCAUUCCUCUUCAACCCUCGCUGUACCCCCCUCCGCCCCUCGUUAUAGUGACAUCGCCAUGGCUUGCUGCAGCCUUCAGCUCGCGGCGCCCUCCGCCGCGUGGAAAGGCCAAGCGCAGUCGCUCACGGCUGCCGGCGACAAAUCGUCGUUCUUUGGGCGACUUCCCGCCGUCGCACGAUCGCCACUAGUCGCAGAGU